AUGGGGAUUCUGUUUACGAAGCUAUGGAGGCUGUUCAACCACCAAGAGCACAAAGUCAUUAUUGUGGGGCUAGACAACGCCGGAAAAACCACUAUUCUCUACCAGUUCUCCAUGAAUGAGGUGGUGCACACAUCUCCCACCAUCGGCAGCAACGUGGAGGAGAUCGUAGUGAACAACACGCACUUCCUCAUGUGGGACAUCGGGGGGCAGGAGUCGCUCCGGUCCUCCUGGAACACCUACUACACCAACACAGAGUUUGUUAUCGUGGUGGUCGACAGCACAGACAGAGAACGAAUCUCUGUAACCAAAGAGGAGCUCUACAGAAUGCUUGCACAUGAAGACUUGAGAAAGGCAGGUCUGCUGAUUUUUGCGAACAAACAGGACGUGAAAGGUUGUAUGUCGGUGGCAGAGAUCUCCCAGAGUCUGCAGCUCACUUCUGUCAAAGAUCAUCAGUGGCACAUCCAGGCCUGCUGCGCGCUCACCGGAGAGGGCCUGUGUCAGGGUCUGGAGUGGAUGAUGUCCCGGCUGCGCGUGAGAUGA